AAUGGGGUUCAUUUGCAGUCGCAUCGGAAUAAAAAGUGUUUCCAACCAGAAUUACAAUAUACCUAUGGUCAUCGGAAAAGAGAACAAACCGAGCACAGGAUUUUGUCGAUUGACAGUGAAACAAAGAGAAACGUACGCCUUACUUGCAAAGAAAAUUUCAACCAAUAUUUGAUGAACACCACUCUACACGGUUUACGCUAUGUUGGAGAUCGAAAAAUUACUCUAUUCGAACGGCUUUUCUUUGGUGCAAUGUUUUUAUUGGUUUUCUUAUUCUCCAUUUAUUUCAUAACCAACAUAUGGAUCAAGUGGUCUGCGUCGCCGAUGAUAAUUACACUGAAUGCACAUUCGACGCCUAUUUCGGAAUUUCCAUUCCCCGCCGUGACGAUUUGUAACAUGAAUCAAGCUAAAAAAAGUGCUGUUGACAAAAUUCCCCGCUUCACCGUUGAUUAUUCGCUGGUCCAAAGUUUAUGUACACUUUCCCGCUAUGAUGAUAGCAAUACAACAAAGCCAGGAAAGUGGCAUGACUUCAAAAGAGUGCUACUAAAGGUGUCUCAACCAUGUGACCAAAUGCUUAUAAGGUGCGACUAUGGUGGUUUCGAAUCCGAAUGCAUGAGUCUUUUCAAAAGCAUUCUCACGGAUGAGGGUUUGUGUUGCAUUUUCAAUGGCUUAAGUGAACAGCGACUUAUGAAAGACAAGUACAGUCAACAACAACUGUUAACAACAAAUGGUAGCGAGACAGUAGAUGGUGAUAAAGAUUGGUCACCAGAGAAAGGAUACAACCCAGAUGAUUUAAAAAACAAAAAAGACGGUGUACCACGACAAGCUGUUGCCAAAAAUCAAUUUCGAAUAUCAGGAACUGGAAACAAUUUAGGAUUGUUUCUUUUAUUGGAUGUGGCCGAAGAAGAAUAUUACUGUUCCAGCACGAACAGUUAUGGAUUUAAAGUAUUGCUGCAUUCUCCAAAUGAAACGCCCAAAAUUGCCUACUUUGGUACUGCGGUAGCAAAUGGAUACGAAACAAGAAUCAUUGUCAUACCAACAUUGUCUGAAGCAUCAUAUUCUGUUCGUAAAGUUCCGAAAAGUGUUCGACAAUGCUUAUUUGAAAGUGAAAACGAAUUAAUAUUUUAUAGAACGUACUCCAGACGGAACUGUCAAAUGGAAUGCGAGGCAAGGAUCUUUUUGACGAAUUGUGAUUGCGUACGUUCACGAUACAAUUUAAGCGUUCUCUACUACAUGCCCCGUUUCCAUGAGGACAUAAAUAUUUGUGGACGCUCAGAUAAUCCGUGUGUCAACAGAGUAAUUCGUGAACUACGGACAAAGACAAAUUCAAGCUUUAUAUGCGAAUGUUUGCCAGGAUGCUAUGCAAUAGCAUAUGAAACAGAAAUUUCACUUUCACCGCUUUUACCACAGUCUCCACUUUUACAGGGGAAAAAAUUAGUGGUAUCAGACACUGCCGUACUAAAUAUCUAUUUCAAAGAACCCUCAGUACGUGCACAGCGUAAAGAAGAGCUAAUAGGCUUUACAGAAUUUCUAUCAAACACUGGUGGUUUACUUGGUCUUUUCAUGGGAUUCAGUGUCAUUUCAGUCAUUGAGCUCUUCUACUUUAUGUCAAUCCGUCCUUACUGCAAUUACUUGAGAAUUUCCGAGAGCCGACGCCGAACAUUUCGAAAAUUUUUCCACAAGAUUCGAAAUCGUUUCGGCAGGAAAUCGGAUAAAGUCUCAAAAUCUAUUGUCGCAAAACACGUUAACCAUCCUGUGUUUCCUUACAUAGAUUGAAUAAGAGUUCACCAAAUAAAUAUUUAAUUUACAUUGAAAAAGUGUAAUCAAGAUUAAUAAUGCAUAACAUGUGAACGUAAUCGCUUUCACUGGGCUAGUUCACUCACUGUUACCAUGUGUGCUUGAAUCGAUUUUAAAAUGUUUGAAUAACUUUAAUCAUGGUAUACAAUCUUGAUAAAUCACACAAUUAUUCAUUUUAGCAGAGUUAUUUCUCAUUUAUGAGUCGCAUCUUUGCACUUGAAGGAUAUUUUAUUCAAAGUUGACAAUCGAUAUUUAAUUUUAGUGCUUGUGAAUUGUCGUUUCUA